AUGGCGCACGACCUGAACUGCCUCACCAUAUCCGAGCUGGAAGCUCUCGCCACACAGCGGCUAGACAAACAGACUCGCGACUACUACAACGAGGGCGCUGAUGAUGGCAUCACAGUAAAAGAAAACAUGUCCGCAUACCAGAAAUAUCGUCUCCGUCCAAGAGUCCUCAGAAAUGUAUCCAAUGUAGACAGCGGAGUUGAUGUUUUUGGAACUCGUACCAGCGUCCCGUUUGGUGUUGCGCCUGCAGCCAUGCAGAAGCUUGCCCACGAGGACGGAGAGUUGGCCACGGCACGAGCUUGUCGUACAAAGGGCGUAGCCUUAGGCCUCAGUUCCUUUUCGACUACAACCUUGGAGGACGUGGGGUCCGCGAGUGGAAACGUGCCUAAUGUGCUGCAACUGUAUCUCUUUGAGGAAAGGUCGCAUAGCAUUAAGAUGAUUCAGCGGGCAAAAGAAGCUGGAUACAAAGCCAUUGUGCUUACCGUUGACACUCCUCUGCUAGGCAGGAGGAAUCUCGAGAUUAGGAAUCAGUUUCGAUUGCCCCGUCACCUCAAAGCUGCCAACUUUGCCAGCGAGUCUGGGACUACAGGCACUCCACCCUCAGUUGCCAGCUUGAAAGAGAGCUCGCCUGGCUACCUCGAUGGAGAGCGUCGCGUUCUCCCAGCCGGGCCAGUCACUUUCCACAGCCAUGGACCAAACCCAACUCUCACGUGGGAGGAGGCUAUUCCCUGGCUGAAGAAGGAAGCGUCGCCAAUGCAGGUGUGGGUCAAGGGCAUUGUAACGGCUGAAGAUGCCUUGCUAGCUGUUUCCAACCACGUUGACGGGAUCAUCGUCUCAAACCAUGGCGGACGUCAACUUGAUGGAACCGUGGCUACUCUAGAUGCGCUUCCUGAGAUUGUCAAAGUUGUAGAUCAUCGCAUCCCCGUCCACAUUGACGGGGGUAUACGACAUGGAACGGAUGUGUUCAAGGCACUGGCCCUUGGGGCCGAUUUCUGUUGGGUCGGCCGGCCUGUGCUAUGGGGUUUGGGAUAUGGAGGCGAAGCUGGAGUCGAGCUUUGCCUUCGCUUGUUGACGGAUCAGUUUCGCCUUUGUAUGGGCCUUUGUGGGGUUACAAAGGUCUCUGAUAUUGGGCCGGAAUAUUUGUUGAAAGAAGAGACGGCUAAGUUUUGGAGCCGGCUAGGAAGGAAAAGAAUAUCAGACCAACGUACUAGCGAGGAAACAUUAAUCACCAGACGAGAUCCGCGCACUGAUGGCUCGCAAACCGAAAUUCAACCUGAGGCGGCAGAAUAUGCUCGCCUUGGGGAACCAUCAACAACACCUGCUAGGACAGUCCCAGCAGAAGGACUGAGUAACGGCAACCGACUUUCAACAAACUUUUUUGUCCCAUUCUAUUAUUAUAAGUAUCUUCAGGUGGCAGACUUGCAGCAUCUAUCGCCUUCGCAGAUACACAAUCUUGAACUCGAGGGUUGCUUUCAGGUCCCAAGCCAAUCAGUUCUGAAUGAGUUUAUUCGUCAAUACUUCAUAUACGUUCACCCCUGCCUCCCUUUGGUAAAUGAAAGGACGUUUUGGUCCACCUAUUCCAGGACCGACAACGACCAGCGCAAGACCAAUAACUUCUCUCUGGCCCUUUUCCAGUCGAUGCUUUUUGCCGCAACUAGGUUUGUCCCGAUCAACAUAAUAAAUGCUUGCGGGUUCGAAGACCUCAGAAGUGCCAGAAACGCUUUCUAUCGCCGCGCAGAGUUACUCUUGACCCAUAACUUGGAACGGGACAGUUUUGUGCUGGCGCAGACUUGCUUGCUCCUCUCUCUUCAGGCUACUUUAUUCGAACCGAGCUUAAACUCAAUGUGGCUCUCGAAAGCAAUAUCUCAUGCCGAGCAUGCUGGCGCCAACAAGUACUUCAAUCAAGCUCCCAUGGACGCCGGGCGCAUUCUCGAAAAUAAGCGGCUUUGGUGGUGUUGCAUCCUUCGUGACAGGAUGAUUGCUGUCGGCGUGCGCCGUAGCAUCCAAGUCACCCCUGAUAGAUUCGAUUUCACAAAUCCAGGACUGGAAGAAGCCGACUUGGCGGAAGAGAUUGAUACGUCCGAGGUUUACGGUCCCGAGAUGAAAAGUCUCCUGUUGAGAAUAAUCGUUGCGCAGUGUGCGCUAGCCGUGGCGAUGACAUGGACUAUGGCAGUGGUUUAUCCAACAGGAGAUUCAUCAUCUCAGAGUCUCUCGUCUGCAGUGUCUCAAUUGGUUACUUCCAUGAUGGAAAUUGAACGAGGGAAUACAGAACUGGCAGUUUGGGCUCGCAGAUUUAAGACGGAUCUCACAGAUUGCAUCCGCCCAGAUAAACGACUAGGAGCACUGGAAUCAUCUGCAGCAGUAUUUGCAGACAUGACAUUAAUCCACUACUACUCGACCCAAGUUGCCCUCUACAAUCAUUUAGCACUGGUACUUCAAAAGCACCAGUCUCAACUUGAAGACUAUGAGUUUCGCUUUAACCGGCUUAAAAGCGACUUGCAAUUAGCCAUCGCAAAUGUGACAGACAGAUUCAAAGGUUUGACUGAGGAGGGUCUUGUACAGCGUCUUCCAAUUAGCGCACCACCAUGCUCAGCGCUCCCUGUUAUUUUGGAAAACCUCGAUCUGAAACUCUCGUCUUUGGCAGAAAAAGCCAACUAUCAGCGGCAGCUUCACGGCCCCAACGACAUCAUAGCUCUCUUGGGUGAUCAACACGACUACACCGAGUGUGUGAACAUUGCGAUAAAUAGCCUUCUUCCCGUGGCCAAUGCAGAAAUCCAACAGUUCUUCGCGUCCUGGAACGGGCUAGCUGGGAUCGAGGGGGGAGGCACAAAUGGCAUCAGGUUGACGAUAUGGUCCCCCACCAGCUGGUCAGAUGUAUUCUCGGAGAAUCCGAUGAUCUAUCUGCGCCUGUCGAUGUCGCUUGAUUUUGCCCUUUCCAGGGGCAAAGCGCCGCAACUUACGGAUCUACCAGAAUGGACACAUGAAACGCUGGUUGUGCCGACGAAUUUGCAUCUCAUCUCACCAUCAAUGACACAAAUGGUGCUAUCAGAAGCGGUGCUGCCGUCAGAAGAGGAACUAAACGGGGUGGAUGAUUUGACCGGCGAUGAUGCUGUUUUGGAAGAGUCGAAGCAAACCUGGCAGGCUGGUGAACCUAAUAUCCUUCGGGACUGGCCAUUUGUAGAGGAUAUAGAAUUGCUUGAGAGCUUAUGA